AUGGACGGUGUCGACGCCGCCAUCGGAGACACGCAGUAUCUCGUCCUGGUAACCGCGUGCGAUAUUGGCCUCGAUGGAGGACAGGAAGCGCGCCCCCAGGACGGCUCCGAUGGUUCCAGGACCAGAGCAGCGGCUGUUCCUCGCCCAUUGACGGUUCCGCCCCGCCAGGAUGGUGACCACGCUCUUCUGGCGUUCUCGGAGCGCGUCGUAGACCUCAGGGAUCAGAGCGACAAUGGAAGCCGAGCGAGCCAAACCGUGACCACCUGCAUCCGAUCCCUGAACGACCAGCACGUCCGGUCGGAGAACCUCAGCCUACAGCGACCGUUCCAGAGAACGGACCUGGAUCCAAACCUUGAUGUUCCUUCCGGAACUCGUCGCCCGCCCUCAGUCUACCCAGGGUCUCAGGUUCUCGGGCUGAGUCCUGGGACCAAAGAACCAGACCAUGGUCUGUAUAGCCCGAUGGUGGCCACGGAUUGCUCAAGAUCGGCACCCCAGUUGAGGAAACAGACCCCUAUGGGCGGAGAAUCGGUAUCACGGAAAAUCCGUCGUAACGAAGAGUCCGAUCAACCUACAAGUUGGACCGCCUCCUCCAGAUUGCGCUGCAGGUUCGAGACAUCGUAUUCAGCUGCGAGGAACCCCAGACCUCCUGCAGAUGAGAUGGAUACGGCAAGAGAAGGCAUCGCUAUGCCGAGCAUUGGAGCCGAUUUUACGAGGGGAGUCCUUGUCCAAGGGUAG